AUGGAUUUACUUUUACCACUAGUAAUCUUUGUUGCCAGUAUUUUAUGUUUUUUUAUCUUUAGUAGUAGGAUCAACAACGGGUUGGGAGUGAGAACACCAGAAGCUGCCGGAUCAUGGCCCAUAAUUGGCCACUUGCAUCUUUUAGCUGGUUCCAAAGUUACUCACAGACUGUUGGGUUCUAUGGCAGACAAGUUUGGACCAGUUUUCACUCUUAAACUUGGUGUCCAUCGAGUUCUAGUUGUUAGCAAUUCUGAGAUGGCUAAAGAGUGUUUAACUACCAAUGAUAGAGUCUUUGCUAGCCGGCCAAAAGCCUUGGCAAGCGAGCUAAUGGGCUACAACUAUGCUAAUUUCGGCUUUGCACCAUAUGGACCAUAA